UACUAAGUUGACCUGUACUUGCAAAGUUACUUACAGGAAAACACUGCGCAUGAAUUAUUGAUAACGGCUGCCUGAGAGCGUUUACCAGCUGACUGUGCCAUUGUGAGAGCCAGAUCACAUUUUAGAGGGAAGGAAGCCAUAAAAGGAAAAGAAAAUUCAAUGAAUAAUAGAUAGAGGCAGAAACCUGUAGUACAAUUGCUCAGCGAUGACAUGCAAGGAAACCUAGGCAGAAAGAAACGAAGAACAAACACGUACAUGCAGCUUAGCUAUUAAAACAUCACAAAAAGGAAACAAGUACUGUUAUAAACACAAGAGGACGUCAUCUUCAGGUCAGUGUAAGAAAGCCAUAGAAAAACAGAGAAUGACGAGCCGACAUCCCUGUUUCUAUCGAGUUCCUCCGCAGGAGUUACACGGGAGAAACCAUCUAACGGAAGCCACCCAGACUAAAGUCCUGAACACCGUCAUCAGCGUGAAGAGAACAUCGCCAGCUUUGUGUUAUGAGCCUGAUUUCAUAUGGAAGGACACCAAACUUGCAUCACUGGAGCGCAAUAUUCGAGACCUGGAGGACGAGAUCCAAACGAUGAAGACAAAUGGCCUUUUGCACACAGAUGGCCGGGGUGAAGAAUUCAAACAGAUGGAAGUCUAUAAGAACCACUCAAAGUUCAUGAAGAACAAGAUUGAUCUGCUGAAACAGGAAGUAGUAAAGAAAGAGUCUGAGUCGAUGACACUGCAAACGAAGCUUGACGCACUGACCAAUCAAAACUCAGACUGCAAACAGCACAUAGAGGUCCUGAAGGAGUCUCUCACAGCCAAAGAACACCGAGCUUCUGUCCUUCAGACAGAGGUGGAUGCUCUCCGUCUGCGUCUGGAGGAGAGAGAGUUGUUCCUAAACAAGAAAAGCAAACAGAUCCAGGAUCUCAUAGAAGAGAAGGGAACACUGAACAGUGAGAUAUGUGACCUGAAGGACAUGUUGGAGGUCAAGGAGAAGAAGAUCAAGAUCCUGCAGAAAAAGGCUGAGAACCUGCAGGAACAGUUAAAGGACAGGGACAAACAGUUGGACAGUUUGGGGGACAGAAUGACGUCUCUGCAGGCCGACUCCAGCAACACGGACACCGCUCUCAUUACACUGGAAGAGGCUCUCUCUGAGAAGAUAGAAGAGGCAGAAAUGCAUAAGAAUGAAAAUAAGGAACUGAAAAGCAAACUUGCCUCCCUACAAGAGCGUCUCUCAGAAAAAGAGGCGUGUGAAGCGGAUCAUGUGGCUCGCUGGAACCCUGAGCUGUCGGAGCGGCUGCAGGUUCUCCAGGCGGAAGCUGUCCGUCAUAAAGAGGAAGAGGAGAAGUCUAAUGCUGAAGUCCAGAGAGUGCUGGCUCUUUUGCGGGAGCUGCAGUCUGAACGUCUGGAGCAGGACAAGAGAAUCAUCGAGCUGGAGAGACAAGUGAAGGAGCAGAACCAAAAGCAGUCUGUGAACCCAGGCCAAGCAGGAGAAAUGACUCCCAACACUCAAAGACAGAUGGACGAUUUGAUGUCGGCUCUAGACAAAACCAGAAAAGAGUUGGAUGUCACAAGGCUGCAGUUGUCGUCGACGCAGAAUACUCUGACUGAACGUGACAAUGAGCUGAGCAGGAUACGAGCUGAUCACAGUAAACAGCUAACAGAGAUCCUGCAGUUAAAACAACAGGCUCUGAUGGCUGCCGUCAGUGAAAAAGAUGGCUGCAUCAGUCUACUAGAACUUUCUCCCGUCAGAAACAUGUCGACCCCUGAAGACGUGAUGACCUUGAGGAGAGAGAAGGAGAGGUUCAUGAAUCACCAAAAACAGCAGGCACAUAGUAGGAUGAAGCACAUGGCAGAACAUUAUGAAGACGGACACAUUCAUCCACAGUAUUCCCAUCAUUCUCAUCACGGACAGCAGCGUGAACUGAUCUCGCCCCCACCGGAGCAGGAUGAUGAGGACGGCAUAUGGGCAUGACAAACCAAAAAUUGGUCAUGUACUGAAGGUUAAAAACGGGGGUAUCCCAGCUGGAGGAUGUAGCAGAGACACUGGACCCAAGCUUAAGAGGGACUGACCAGUCAGAACACCAUGUAGAGACUUAGUGCUAGCUGAGUACAUCAACGCAUAUAAGGGAUUUGGAAAAGUGUGGACUUUGUUUACUUUUCUCCAAACCAAUCCUCCAUUCUCACCAUUGCAUUGCGAGAUGAGGUUCCUCACAAUUGCACGUCUCAUACAAGACUUUGGAAGUUAUUUUGUGACUGACACGCUGAUCCAGUAAAACAAAGAAUAUCCAAAGUCAUUAGACCAAAGUCAAUUGAUCCAGAUGAAGGAUGGAGCAGAGACACUGGACCCAAGCUUAAGAGGGAUUGACCUGCCAGAACACCAGAUCUCAUUGAGUGUCAACUGAGUGCAUCAAAGCCUUCAUAGUCAUUAUCUGGGGAAGGAAAGUGCUGCCUCCAUCAUCUGUGCCAUCUAGUCUUGUGGUAUAUAUGCAGUUAGGGACUGCCUGAACUGUCUCCAUGCUGGACUGUCGAGUGCAUUUGCGCACCAUUCUCUGAUUUGACUGAAUGCUUUUGAUCGGACUUGUAGUUUUUGACCCUCUCUUCUUCUGAAGUGACACUUGAUGAGUGUAGACAGUGCAGUGCCUUGCACGGACCCCCACUUUAAUAGAGUGUUUUGAAGUUUAAGAGCCAGAUUUACUAACAGCUUGCAGCGCAAACCCUCUUUUUGCCUUAAAAACUACUGUCAGGAUUUACUAAAGACAGUGAGAAAUUAGAAAUGAAAAGGCAUGGACAGGGUUAUUUUUAUGGCUGACCUUAUUGUAUAUGAAUUUGUAGGAGUUUUUCUGUCAGACCGCAGUAGUUGCUGUAGGAGGAGGAGAGAACAGAGAGUGCGUGAUAGAAGGGACAGAAUUUCCUCCACUCGUGCUCAUUUAUUUGGAAGACGUUAUCCAAACAUAUCGUUUCCUAAGCCAAAUUGUUUGAUUUGCUGUGACUGUGUUGUUAAUAGAUCGCACGCACCUGAUCAUCAUCGGCUCUGCUUGACCCUACACUAAUUUGCACUGCUCUUGGUCGAUUACAUUGGUCAUCAUGUAAAUGAGCAGCUGCGCCUGUGGUCUUAAAUUUGAGUAUUGUCAUUAGAACAGCUGCGGAACCGUCCACUCCCAUCUACGCUUUUAUGGAACUGCAGCCUGUUUAGUAAAUCUGGCCUUAAUUGUCCUUGCUUUUCACAUGCUUAUGUUUUUAAUAAAGUUAUAAUCAUUUUAACUUGCAAGCUAAGGGUGAGGAGUGUUGUGAGGUCAGGGGUGGUGUAUGAUAGAAGUUAUAUGUUUUGGUAUACAGGAAGGCAGUGUUUCCCAACCCUUUUCCUGUAGGCACACCAGCACUACACACUUCCUAAUUAAACAAACCCCAUUCAACUCAUCAGCUUGUUAGUAGAGACUUCAAUACCAAAUAAGAAAGAUAUCCAAAAUGUGUUCUGUUGGUGUGCCUUCAGGAGCAAUGUUGGGAAACACUGUGUUAAAGCAUAUCAAAACAUAUACACCUGAGGUGACCCCUUUAUGGCUUCAAUCUGCCUGUCUCUUGCAGUGCCUGUGUACAAUAAAGUAUUUAUUGCUGUA